GUGAAGUAACAGAGAGAAAGCGAUGGACAAGGAUCCAUCCAGAAUUUUCCCCAAGCUCGCUAUCCAUGGCUGCCCCUCUCCUCAAAUCCUAACACUAAAAAUCCAAUUCAAACAAUAAGGCCUCCGUCGUGCUCUCCGGCAAGAGCAGGUACGCCGUCAAGCGCAGAGGUACGGCGGAGUAUCCCUGCGUGAAGCGGCUCCGUGAGCGGCGCCUCCUCUCCUUCCUGCAGGACCAAGGCUUCCACGGAGCCUUCGAAGCGCUGAUCGACGAAACUCCGGCGAUCUUCAGCGUGCGGCACAUACGGCUGCUGGUGGAGCAGGGCCGGUGGGCGGACGCCCUCAGGUACCUCAACGCCUACCUGCCGCCGCUCGUCAAGAAUCACACGAGGAGCCGCCGCGCCCAGAUCUUCCAUAACUUCCUAUGGAUGCACUACCGCUUCGCCAACGCUGUCGCCGGCAGGAGGGAGAAGCAGGAGUACCUGGACAGGCGUUACGGAAAGAACUCGAGGAGCUCCAGCCAUAUGCCGAGCUCAGGUUCCGUCGUAUCGCCUACACCAUACUUGCCUCAGAGCCCCACCAGCUCGUGGCCACCUACGACUGGAACCAAGUGAGGCAGCACGCGUCGUUUCUAGUCGACUAUUUGGCCAACACUACGCCAGAGCUCAGACGCUCAAUGCCAUUGCCGUCCCGCUACAUGAUGCCGCAGCAUGUACUUCCAAUUGGAUCCGGCCGUUUGCACUGGAGGGGGCAUCGCCUAGUGAAGAAACAAGGUCCCAAGAAGCCAGACACAGAAGCUAUCCUAGUGGCCUUGAAGAGCCUCUACAGGGAUCCAAGAGCCGAGUCAAACAAUGACGCGCUGGAAAUGUUGGUGGAUUUACUUGAUCAAACUUUUCAGGCUGGUCUACGUAGAGGCUGCAAUCUAAGCUAUGCAUCUCAGCCAAGUGUAGAGGAAGGUGGUCCUGAUGCUCCGGACGUGCAGUCUAUGCUCGGCAGCUCCACAGAUAAUUCUGAAGGCCAUGUCACAUCAUCAGUGAAUUUUUCUGUUUCUCCAUUUUUCAAGCUCAUUUCUGGUGAUUGGAAAGUCCAUUCUCAAAACCUUGGAAUCUCAUCAGUGACGAAUGCAGGCACAAACAAGGGUUUAAUACAAGAAGGUUUUGAUACUGAGAAUCCAAGCAAAGGAUCGACAACUGUUGAGGAUGAUAUUUUAGAAAAAGCAAAAGACGACUGGAUUGUUUGAGGAAGCGAGCUUGGUAAGACUGAAUGUUUGGUCUGAAUUGUACAUGGUAGAACAAUAGCUUGAAUAAACCAUGUGCUUUCCUUAAUAGAAGUCGAUGUCAUGUGACAAUGGUAUCUAUUGUACAUGUCCUAGCAGGGUGAGCGUUAUUUUUUUUCGAAA